AACAAACAUGUAAACAUAUAAUGGAAAAUACAGAGAGCUGGCUGCUAGACGACAUAUCAGUAUUAGAAAUGUGUUGCACACAAGAGGCACACUUUUUUAGGUGAGGUUGGAGGGAUUUUAAAAGUUUACAGAAAAAAAAAAGUCUUGAGGGGCCACCAAGUGUGAGAGGAGGCAUUCCAGGGAGGAUUAAUCACCAGUCGGGAAGGGAAUUGUAGUCGAUUAGAGCAGCCUGAGCAUUAGACUGUUUAUGAAAGUAGUGAGAGAUGAGACUUGAACAGGCAGAGUGCAGCUCCUGAUGAGCCUAGUAAACCACGUUAAGAACUCUGAACUUUCCUGUAGGCUUUCAUAUGCAUUUGAGUGUGCUCUCUCUGGCUGAAGGGAGGAGAAAAGAGAGACGGGUAGACUGACUGUUCAAGCACGAAUUGCUGAGAAUCUGAAUUUAAAGGGCAGUGGAAAUAGUGAAGGCAGUUUUGGGAGUAUUUUUGUGGAAGGGAAUGCUUAGAAUAAAAAAAAAUCGCUCCUCUCCCUGUGCCCUUUUCUAACGUAGAGGUGCGUUGGGAUAUUAGGCCUGGUCCCCUUUCUUCACGUUGCGGUGGGUCGUGCAUCAUCCACGCUCAGUCCUUCGCUCGGCACUACAAUCUCCUCCCGUUUCCAGACUGCUCUCUUCAAAUCCUUCUUUGUGCCUGGGUUUUUGGCCGUGGAAUGGGGGGAGGAAGCAGAGCGGCAGAAGAGUCCGGUGGGUUCAGGAACCUGUGACCCUGCUCUCCGCGCGUCCCCGUCCCCCCGUGGCCCCGGCCCCGGCCAUGAAGCGCAUCUUCUCCUGCUCCAGCUCACAGGUGGCGGUGGAGAGAUGGAACCGCCGUGAUCAGAAGCUUCUGGAGGCAGUGCGGCGGGGGGACGUGGGAUGCGUGGCUGUCCUCGCCUCCAGGAAAUCUGCCCGACCCACCAAGCUAGACUCGAACGGCCAGUCCCCGUUUCAUCUGGCAGCCUCCGAAGGCCUGACAGAAUGUCUGACUAUACUACUUGCAAAUGGGGCUGACAUCAACAGCAAGAAUGAGAAUGGUACCAGGCACUUGAGGAACAGGAAUUUCUGGCCCCUUGUGGCUGAGAGCCUCUCUCUCUAAUCUCCCUCUGAUUAACCGUGCGUCUCUUGCCUUCCCUCCCUGUGAGUCAUCGGUAUGCAUGGGGCCACCCACCCUCCCUCUCCCCUU